AUGGCGACAGGUAACUCUGGUAAAAUCACCGACUGGGUAAACCCCGCCGACAAGUCGGGUGAAUUUAAGCGACAAACAUCCGCCUUCCGCAGCUUCAUCUCUCGUGAGCCUGGUGCUCAAUUCCCUCCUGAAAAAGGCCGGUACCACCUCUACGUCUCCUAUGCUUGUCCCUGGGCUCAUCGGACACUGAUUACUCGAAAGCUUAAGGGCCUAGAGGACAUCAUUUCUUUUUCAUCUGUGCAUUGGCAUCUAGCAGAAAAGGGAUGGCGAUUCGUCACUCCUGACGAGCAGCUGCCGGGCGAGAACACCAUCCCCGACCCACUGCACCCAGACUUCACCCAUCUCCGUGAGAUCUAUUUCUCUAAUGACCCCGAGUACACGGGUCGAUUUACUGUCCCGGUGCUCUUUGACAAGAAAACAAUGCAAAUUGUCAGCAACGAGAGCGCAGAAAUCAUCCGCAUGCUCUAUUAUGAGUUCGACGACCUCAUUUCGGAGGAAUACAAGAAGAUCGACCUCUUCCCCGAAGCUCUCCGCGCGGAGAUCGACGCCGCUAACGAAUGGAUCUACAACGACGUGAACAACGGCGUCUACAAAUCUGGCUUUGCCACCACGCAAGAAGCCUACGAUAAAGCGGUUACAACACUCUUCUCCUCUCUUGACAAGAUCGAAGCCCAUCUCGCUAAGCAACAAACCGUCUCACCCUACUACUUCGGCACCACCGUGACCGAGGCCGACAUCCGUCUGUUCACGACGAUAAUCCGCUUCGACCCGGUCUAUGUCCAACACUUCAAGUGUAACAUCCGCGACAUUCGCUCUGGGUUCCCGGCUAUUCAUCGCUGGGUGCGUGGGCUGUACUGGGAUCUGCCUGCAUUCCGAGAUACCACGGACUUCGAGCAUAUCAAGAAGCACUAUACCAAGAGCCAUAAGCAGAUCAAUCCGUUUUCUAUCACGCCUGUCGGGCCGCUUCCGGACGUUCUGCCCAAGGAUGAAGAGGUGCGAGCUGUGUAA